UUUACAAAUUACUCCAGAAUUCCAUGUUGGGCACGUUGUGCGUGGUCGAAUCAAAUGAAAUGCAAGUGGUUUUCAGAGUUAACAAGAAGGAACCUUGGAAAUUAGUAUUCGAUCAGUGAGAGUGGUGCACUAGCUCGCACAUGGUUAUAGCAGCGCAAUCGCGCAUCAUUCUGGCUAGUACAUGACACGAAGUAAUGAUCCAGACAGUUGUUUGCCGAUUCCAACUUCCCUCAGCUGGAGGUUUCGCACCUUACCACAUUUUCGCAGCUACGCUUUUCUUCCAUGUCCCACCUACCAUACCUGGUGCCAAAAUGUCUACCCCGCCAGCACCAGAGUCACUGCUCCAAACAGAUGGCCUGAGCGCCAAAUCCCUCCGCCCACUAUCCGACACUACAACCGAUAAUAUGGAAGACACCCAGAUGAAUCUUCAUGCACAUGAGGAGCCGCGGCAAGAUCUCGAGAUAGUCUACCUUACCGGGGAAAACGCCGCGGGCAAAACGUCUCUAGGCCGCUACAUCGCGGAGAAGUACAGCAGCAGCAACUGGCAGUUUAUCGACGGCGACGAGUUCGUCGACAGCGAUCCUGAGCUAAACUCAUGGAUGAAAGCAGCGAGCGGCAAAGUGAUUUCGAAGAUGCGGGGAACGUUUGCUCCUGGAGAGGGAGACAAUGACGAAAAGGAUGCGCGUAUAAUCGCAGAAGUUAAAAGACACGACGAGGAAGUUCGCGCGGUUAUGGAGCCCUUCUUCCGUGCGGUGUUUUCGAAGCUGAAAGAGCAAAUAAUUCAAGAAAGUAUGCCAGAGUCGUCAAAAAAGGUCAUCUUUUCCUACCACAUCUGGCGGAACUGGACGGUUGAUCUUUUCCAGACGUUUUUCCCAGAGGGGAAAAUCAUCGAGGUCAAAGUGGACCGGAGAACUUUGCUAAAUAGGUUUGUCCAACGUGAAAUCGCAGCCGGCCUAGACCACGAAGCCCGCUGGAGAGAAGACCCGGGCGAGCGGUUUGCGAUGUUGCGAAAUUUUUACGGGCCUGAAUGGAAGGGGAACGAGGAAAACUACAAAAAAUUCGUCGAAUGGCGGUUCUACUUCUACCGAGAGCCUUUUUGGGAUAAGGAUGCAGACGAAGGAAUUAUGAGAGCAGAUGUUGGUGAAAAUAUUUUCGUCGUUAAUAACGACAAUUUUGAUGCUGCUCGGGAACUGGAAAAAAUUUUGGAAUUGGAAAAAUCUUGAAAACGUGAGCGCAGCGACCGCGUUUAUUAUCGACGAUUCAGCGCUCCUCUUAAGUUGUUUGAAAGUUUGCGUGCAUGGCAGAUUUUGAAAAAGAU